AGCCCAUAGGGCUUCUCCUGCUCAUACUGGGGAGGCGGCAGCACAUACAGGCGCACUGGGCUCUUUCCAGCAUCAAAUAAAGUUGCAGCUGCCUGGGAGCCGCUGAAUCGCACUUCUGCCUGCGCCUUGACCCCCAAGCCUACUCGGACCCAAGCAGGAAUUUCUGCGACUAUCGCUGGAUAAAGGGAUGUGCAACCCAAGCAGCAGCAGCCUGAGAGGCGGAGCCGGUCCCUCCUGCGAAGUGUAGGUGAGCGCUAGGGAGCGACAAGACGCGUCUCCUACAGCUGCAAGCGCUGGUGCGAUUUCUGCCAGGGGCAGAGCGGCGGGGCAGGAGGGCAGCAGGGGCAGCAAGGGCUGGGCACAAGGAUGCUGGUAGGAAAUGCCUGGAGACAGAGAGCAGGAGCUCUGUCUGAAAGCGGUGAGGCUGCUGGCGGAGCUGUGCUAUAGUGGCAUCGUGGAGGACGAGAGCUGCUUGGAUUUCAUCUACUACUUACGGGACCGUGCCCGACCCCGACUCUCCGACUCAGAUGUCUCGGUGAGCUUGCUGUCCCUGCUGGUCACCGCUUGUGGGCUUGCCCUGUUUGGGGUCUCACUCUUUGUGUCUUGGAAACUCUGCUGGAUCCCAUGGCGUGAGCAUGGAUUGAAAGGGAUCACAGAACAUGAGCAACUUAACUACACGGACAGCGACACCAAUGAGCGCGACUACAGCGACAACUACCUAGGGCAACCCUCGCUCUUUCCAGAGUCAUCAAUGAAGAUCAGCCACACCUCCCCCGAUAUCCAACUGGAAGCCAAGACCAGUACCAAGGAAAACUGUGUCCAUAAUGUCCGGAUGCACCGCCAAAUCACAGAGCCAACCUCCUCUGCUAGACACAAUUCCAUUAGGAGGCAACUAAACCUCUCCAACCCGGAUUUCAACAUCCAGCAGUUCCAAAAGCAAGAGCAGCUGACGGGCAUUGGGCGAAUCAAACCAGAGCUGUACAAGCAAAAGUCGGUGGAGACGGACGAUGGCAGGAGGAACAAUAGCAAAUCUUGCGGGAAGCUCAAUUUCAUCAUUAAGUAUGAUUGUGACUUGGAAAAACUUAUAGUAAAGAUUCACAAAGCGGUCAACCUUCCAGCCAAGGACUUUUCUGGAACCUCAGAUCCUUAUGUCAAGAUCUACUUGCUUCCAGAUCGGAAGACCAAGCACCAGACAAAGGUCCAUCGAAAGACUCUCAACCCGGUGUUCGAUGAGGUUUUCCUAUUCCCUGUACCUUAUAAUGACCUGCCCACCAGGAAACUCCACUUCUCCGUCUAUGACUUCGACAGGUUUUCCAGACACGAUGUCAUUGGCCAGGUCAUAGUGGAUAAUUUUUUAGACUUGGCUGAUUUUCCCAGGGAAAGCAAUAUCUGGAGGGAUAUUGAGCAUGUCACUAAUGAUAACGUUGAUCUUGGUGAUUUGAUGUUUUCGCUCUGCUAUCUCCCUACUGCGGGAAGGCUCACAAUUACGAUCAUAAAGGCAAGAAACCUGAAGGCCAUGGAUAUCACGGGAGCAUCAGAUCCCUACGUGAAGGUUUCAAUCAUGUGCGAAGGGAGGAGGCUAAAGAAAAGGAAAACAUCCACAAAGAGGAACACCCUCAAUCCAGUUUACAAUGAAGCCAUAGUGUUCGAUGUCCCUCCAGAAAAUAUUGAUCAAAUCAGUUUAUUAAUAGCCGUAAUGGAUUACGACCGUGUAGGUCACAAUGAGGUUAUUGGUAUCUGUCAAGUUGGCAACGAUGCGGAGAGUUUAGGCCGGGAACACUGGAGCGAGAUGCUGUCGUACCCAAGGAAACCUAUAGCACAUUGGCAUCCUCUUACUGAGUGGUCUGCUCAGGCCGCAGCCACAGGCAACGGGUCGUGCAAUUCUUUGAAGGGUCCCCCCUCUCCAUAAUGAGAAGGUUUCUUCCGGGGAGAGAAAAAUGCCGGAGACUGGGACCAAGGACAUGAAGUGCCACCAUCAAAGCGCUGCCCGCGCCCUCGGACGCCGGAAGGGAAGAGCCAAGAUGAGACAAUAUUGUUUGUUUUCACUUUCUUUUGGGUUCUUUUUCUCCUCUUUGCUGAUUUCUCCCUUUGGCUAAUUCCUACAUGACUAGAAUGGGACUCAGGCAUGCCGGUGAUUCCAUGUAUACGUCUCCUCCGCACAUCGUCGUAUUCUUCUGUAUUUUCUGAGAUAACUUGCAAUUAUGACACCUACACAUCCAACCUUAUCGUUUCUGACUCUUAAUUCCAGUCUGUUCUGUUUUGUAUUAAGUCCUAUCACGUCAGUGUUACAUUGACUCCUCAAAUGGUGUUUAUUGCAGUGUCAAAGACCGUCCGUCGCGGAUAGAGAAGUGUCGGGGGGCAUUGUACUUAGAGGCAUGAAGUCUGCUCCAUUGCUGGGGUAACCCAUAGCAAACAUCAGAGCAGUAAGCCGUUGGUUGCUAUGGGAAACUAGACCUGAAGCACACUUCCAGCCUAGUGUUACACUGACAUCUCCUGGCGCUGACGGCCUGUUCUAUUAUACCGUAUUGUUGGUGGUGCAUGUUUUAUUUCCAUUUCAUGAUACGAGAGGAAAUCAACCAUUCCGAUUUUUUCCAAAUUUUAUAUAAAUCAGAAUCUUCUAAACACGCAUUUAAUGUACUGUGUUUUAUUUCUAUAAACCCAGUAUGUUCGACUUAUUUUGUUCUUAAUAAAAUGAUGUAUAUUGCA